AUGUCUCCUAGAUUUAUCCCAGCCAUUGCGUCUCAGUCCCUAGGCCGAGCCUGGCACCAGAGCCUUGAACACAGGCUCGACUUAUGCGAGAAAUACGGGUUCAAAGCGAUAGAGUUGUUUUUCGAAGACCUCGAGGCCAUCGCCAACGCUCUCCCUGUUUCUUGUCCUCCUUCGCCGUCAGGAACAUCCUUUCCUGGCUCCACGGAUGAGCAAGAACGACAGUUGGCCGCUGCUGACUACAUCCAUGGAUUGUGCGCCGACCACAAACUGGCAAUCUUAUGUCUUCAACCGUUUAUGCACUAUGAAGGUCGCCUUGACCCUGUAUCACACCAAACCGCCAUUCAGAACCUUCACUUUUGGAUCCGACUCGCCCAUCGCCUGGGAACCGAUCUCAUACAAAUCCCCUCCAACUUCCUGCCGUCCUCCUAUUGCACGGGGGACCGCACCAGGAUCGUGGCGGAUCUGAGACAGGUUGCCGACAUUGGUCUUGAUGCGAGUCCUCCCAUACGAUUCGCAUACGAAGCGCUUUGCUGGGGAACGCAUAUUGACACUUGGGAUGCUGCAUGGUCAAUUGUUUUGGAAGUCGGCCGACCCAACUUUGGCACUUGUAUCGACACAUUCAAUCUUGCUGGACGGGUGUUCGCUGACCCCUCCUCGCCUUCGGGCCUGGUGCCACAUGCCUGGGAUGACUUGCAACGAUCGAUUUCCAAGCUGCGGGCAGAGCUGCCCCGUGCCAUAGGCAAAGUCUUCUACGUCGAAGUCUGCGACGGUGAGAGACUUGAUAAGCCACUUCUACCGGGACACGAAUGGUACGAUCCCGAACAGCCGGUGCGUAUGUCUUGGUCCAGGAAUGCGCGACUAUUUCCUUUUGAGAAGACAGGCUAUCUACCGGUGUUGGAGAUCCUGAAGGUGGUCUGUAAGGCUGGAUAUUCAGGGUAUAUUUCGUUCGAACUAUUCUCGCGGACAGCCAAUGAGGCGGGCAGGGAAGUGCCCGACAAGCAUGCGCAACGCGGGGCUGUGGCAUGGAAGAAAUUAGAAGAGCACAUGGGAUGGAAUGGAACGUCCGAGUUUGAGGCGAGCGAACAAACCGCGGAGGAUGGCCAUCGGUAA